AUGGCUCCCAGGAAGAACCGCUGCAACUUCAAGGAGUGCCCCUCCGCUGCCCAGCGCAUCGUCGGUGACUGCGGCUUUUGCCGGGGCCACUUUGCAGCAAGCACCGCCUGCUCGAGGACCACAAGUGCGACGGCCUUGAAGACUGCAAAAAGCAAUCCCACGAGCGAAAUGCCGCACAGCUCCAAAGCGAGCGCACCCAGGUCAUUAAGGGUGUAUAAUGAAGACUACGAUGAUGACGACGACGAUGAACUAGCAUCGACUGGCUCGUCCUCUCCCGACACAGUAAUGGGUGGCUCCUGA